AUGGAUGGGACUUAAUUCACUAUCAAACUUGAUAUUAGCAGCUAAGAUAAAAUAAUUGAUUUUGAUGUUGGAAAUUUUUCAGGAUUAAAAAUGCAUGAUUAAUUGAAAUAAAUUAUUUCCCUAAAUUUUUCUUUUUAAUCUGUUAAGAAAAUGCCUAUUUUACUAUAAAAUUAAACAUUUGAAUCUUAGAUGCUUUUUGAAAUUGCUUUUUUUUCUAAAUCUUCAAUUCAGAUAAUUGCUAAAGACAUUCUUAAUCCUCUUUCUUUAAACAAAAAAAUAAUAGAAAAUUUCAACUUACCAUUCCCCACUCCUAUAAGUUAAGUAAAUUAAUUGAUUUAAGUUUUUUCUCCACCUAUUCUAACUUCUUGCCACUAAAAUGGUGAUUUUAUCUUUUACGAUACUUCUAGACCAACGAGAAUUCAGUUGAUACAGAGAAAAAACUUUAACAAUUAAGCUUGCGUACAAAUGGAAAGAUUUUUCAAUAAUAAAAUAAUAGCACUGACUAGUUUAUAGGUUCUUUUGAUUGAUCCUUCUCAAUAGAUAGUCAACAAUUCUUUAAAUAAUUUAACUAAUAUUAUUUAAAUCACAUCAAAUUAUGAUAAGCUGGCAAUCAAUUAUAAUAAUUGCAUAUAAAUUUUUUCAACAGAAUUUAUAAGCAUAUUCGUUUAAUGUUCAAAUAAUUUUUCUAGUAACAAUCUAAAUAUAGCACUAAAUAACGAUUUGAAACUUAUCACUCAAAAAAUAUAAGCUAUUUUCAUUUAUUAAUUAAAUUUAACUGACUAAUCCGCUUCUUUAGUUUACUCUCUAUCACAGACAAGUAAUAUAUAGUUCGUAAAUUUCUUUAAAUAAUUCAUUUCAGAUUAAAGUAAUACACUUAAUAGCUAUGUAAUUGAAGAAAUAAUACUAUUUGACUCUUUAUCUAAUUUAAGUUUUUACAAUAUUUCUCUUUUGCAAACCUGCACACCUUUUAAUCUGAAUGUUAAAAGUAUUUUAUAAGUAAAAAGAGUUUUAAAUGACAACAGCGCUUACUUUAUUGCAGGAAUAGAUAUUUUAAGUGGUUUGUAUGAUAUGAUUUUAAUUUUAAAAAAUAGCAAUUAGCAAUUCCUUAUAAAUUCAGCCCCUUUUAAACCAUCUAUUGAAUAACCUUUUAAAAAGAUAAAUGGAAAAGGAAAUAUUUUUUAUAGUUAUAAAUAUAAGUUUAAUUUAAAUUUUUUUAGUCUUCUUAAAGAGUAUGAGAUUGAUCCUAAUAGAAACAUUACCUACAUAUAUGGACACGAUUAUCUUUAUGGUGACUAUGCAACAUAUCCAUUAAAUAAUAUUGAGUCUAGCUCCUCGACUCUUUUAUGUAGAUAUGGUUCUUAAUCAGGUUUAAUUUAUAUCGCUAAAUUCAACCAAUAUAGAUAUACAGAAAUCUCUACAAAGUAGAUGUUAUCUUCAUCUGAUGCCACUGACUAAAUUAUAGAAAUUAUUUAAAGCGCUUACCUUGGAGUUUAUUUUGUGAGGACUAUUAAAAAAAUUACCUCCUAUAAUUUAUUUACAAAUGAUUUUAUAGAAGAAUUAACUCCAACAAUACCUACAAAUCAAUCUUUUUCAUAAAUUAGCUUAGUAUAAGGAACUCUUAGUGUUAUAUGCUGGAGUUAGUAAUAAGUUCUUUUAGUAAAUUACGAAUAAACUUCUUCCUAAAAAUACUACUUCAGUAAUAUGAGCUUAAUAAAUGGAUGGUUGUAUGAUUCUAACUAAAAUGUUUUCUAUAUCUAUGGUUCUAGUUUUUCAAAGCUUGAUCCUUCUUUGAAAAUUUUGAACUCAAUUUUCCAAUUAAAUUUAACAAAAGUUUAAUUUCUUUAAUGCUAAAUGACAAAUAAUCUAAUAAUAUGUAGUGUUUCUUUAAACUCAUUUGUAAUUAUGAAUAAAACUUCUCUAGAUAAUUCUUAAAUCUAAAUAGUUUAAGUAAAUGGGUUUACUAGUUAAUUUUAAAUAUUUCUAGAUGAGUAAUAUCAGAAUAUUUUCUUAUUUUCUAGCAUAAUAUCAAUUUAUAAUUUUAAUGGAGUUUUUAAUACAACUUAUUCGCUAAAAACUCAACUUACUUCAUGCAGUAUCUAACAAGGAUUCUUACUAUUUUCAUCAUAAUAAUUUAUUUACUUUAUUUACAGAGAUACUUUGUAACUUAGAUAAAAUUUCAUUUCAGGACCUUCAGGAUUAAAUAUAAUAAAUUAUAUUUAUGUAGACUACUUACAGCAAAUAAUAUUAUAUGCUAACUAGUACUUAUUUGCUUAGAUCUAUAUUUAUGAUUCUUAGACUCUUUAAAACAUUGCAAAAAUAAAUGGAUCCUUUGCUUAAAAUCAGAUAGGUUAUGUUGUGUAGAUGUAUUUUGAUCCAUUUUCAACAACACUAUUAUACCUUGAUACUUAAGGUAACUUAUAUGUUAUGUUCCCUUAUUAAAGUAAUUCUAUUUAAAAUAAUUACAAAAUAACUGAAAUAAUUGAUAGAAACGAAUAAUUAGUUAGCUUUUCUUUUGAUAAAGUUACCAAUAAUCUCAUUGUGUAUAGUACUAGUGCAGUUUACUAAAUAAAUUAUAGUACAGCAGGGAAUUAAUAUGAAGCUUAAUUGAACGAACCAGCUAAUUUAUUUUCAACUAUACCAUUGAAUUCUCAACUCUUAGAUUUUUUGAUUUUUAAUACUGAUAAUACAAUUUUUAGAUACUCAAAAUUCCACAUAAGUUACGAAACAGUUUUGGAGGGUUCAUAAAUUGUUGAUAUCAUGUAUAAUUGUUAAUCUGAUAUAUUAGUUAUAGCUUAAAAAAAUGCAGUAUUAUUUUACUAGUAAUACUAAUAUUCAAAAGACAAUCAAUAAAUUUCUAAUAUUUUUAGUAUCUAAGAAAUAUAAUUCAAUAAAUUCAUCCUUUCUAAUGUCUAUCUAACUCUCGAUAAAAAAGUAAUUCAUUGUGACCUAAAGACUGGUUUAAUAAUUAGAACUUUUUAGUUAUAAUCUUCAGUAUUAGUAACUUAAUUCUAAUCUAAUAAAAAUUAAGAUUUAAUUUUCUUUGGUCUCAGUGAUGGUUAAGUUUUGUAAUAUAACUUAAGUGAUUAAAGUGUAUUUUACUAUCCAGUUUCUGAUGCUAGUUUUAAUACUUCUAUAAUAAAUAUUAUUUUAGAUGAAUCAAAAAAACCAUAGCAGCAAGCUUUUUUUGUCUCUAAUGGAGGGAUUUUAAUACAAGUUGAUUUUGUUAUAAAUAAAAUAAUUUCUAAAAUAAAUCUAAUUAAUUUAGUCAAUGAAGAAAGUGAAAUACAACUAGUAGAUUUUUUGGUAGACCUGAUCUCUAACUCCUAAUUCAUAUUUUCUCCGCAAACUGGUACUUAAAACGAUCUUCAAUUAUAAAACAACACAUUUUCUAUAUUAAAAUAGCAAAUUCUUUAAAUAUUUAACUAUAAUUUUGUUUUCAAAAAUUAACAUCUUAUAAUGAUUCAAAAUACUUUUAUUGUAUUAUACCAAAUAAAUUAUAAAAACAAUUCAGGAAGCUUCUAACUAAGCCAAUAAUAAACAAUCUCAAUAUAAAGCUCAAAUUUUUCUUUUAACUAAGCAUAGAAUGGUGGAGCACUCUUUUUUUUAGGAAUCUUGUAGUCAGUUAGUUUUAUUAACUCUUAAUUUAUUGGAAAUUCUGCUACAAGCAGUGGCGGAGCUUUUUACUUUGCAGAUAUUGGUAAUUGCUAAAUUAUUUUUGAUUCAAAUUCAAAAGUAAGUAAGAACAAGGCCUUGAUAGGAGGUGGAUUAAGAAUCAUUCAAAGUAGCUCUAUGAAUUUUAAAUUUCCUAAAAAUUUUCCUUUUUAAAAAAAUAUUUUCUAAAAUGAAGCAGAAAUAUAUGGAAACGAUUCAACUACUUACCCUUAAUAGCUUUAAUUAUAGAAUGUAUAAGGUUAAAGCAAAUAAAAUAUGUAUUAAUUUAACUUUUAAGAAAGUACAAAUUUUAUUCCUUAAGCAUAUUAAUCUUAAUUUUCAAGAUAUGCUCAUAUAAAAGAUUUUUAGAGCGGAGGCUAGCUUAUUUUAAGAAUUUUUGUUUUAGAUAACUAUAAUCGUUCCCUUUCAUUUUCUUAAGAAAAGCUCCUUGGUGAAUUAUAUCCAAGUGAUAUAUAGUAAGAAUUGAAAGAUAUUUAUAUCAGUAUUAAUAACUUAGAUGUACAGCUUAGUUAAUUAAUUGGAUAAAGGAUAUUAGAUUACAACUAAUACAAUAGUACUAGCUAAGCUUUUGAGUUAACAAGUUUGCAAAUUUUAGCACAACUCUAAUCAAAUUAACUAUUUGUUAUAAGUUCUAGCAUUUAUACUAAAUCUGAAGAAUCAUAUCCUGUAUUACUUUCUAUUUACUUCAGAUAAUGUUAAUUAGGAGAAAUAAUCUAAUCUGUUACAAAUGAUAUUAUGAUAUGUAAAUACUGCUAAGAAUAAACAUACUCACUAAUUGACCCUCAAGUUUUAUUUAAAUAGUAAUUAGAUUAAAGUAAUUUAAUAAAAAAUGAAUGUAAUACGUGCCCACCUUCUGCUUCUAGUUGUUAAGGAGCCUCUAUUAAUCUUAAAAAUGGCUACUGGAGGUCAAAUAAUUUUACUGAUCAAAUACUAUCUUGUGAUCCUUAAAUUGGUUCGUGUAAGGGGGAAGAUCCUAAUAGUAUAAAUUAUUGCUCUGUUGGUUACAUAGGCCCUCUCUGUUAGUAAUGUGAUAUAACAGGAGAAAUUUGGUAAGGAGCUCGUUAUUAAGAAGCAAUCAUGAAAGGUUUCUGUGAGUAAUGUGCAGGAAUCUAUUUUUAGUAUGCUUUCCUUACCUUAAAGUUUAGCAUAAUGAAUUUUGAAAAUUUUACCAAUCUACAAAAAUUCAAUCAAUGA